AUGACAAAGAAAUUUGAAUAUAAUUGGCGUAUUGACGUCCCGGAUUAUUUACAAACCGGCGGCACAUUUGAUCGUUGGUUUGAAGAUAAAGAUAAUACGGAAUUUGAAGCCAGUUGUUUGUUUAAAGUUGACGAGUAUGGUUUUUUUAUGUAUUGGAAAAGUGAGGGCAAGGACGGUGAUGUUAUAGAACUGGCUCAAGUGUGUGAUAUUCGAUACGGUGGUACGCCGAAAGAUCCAAAACUUUGCAAUAAAUUGAGUAAACACGGAACUACUGAACAACUGAACGAUAAGAGUUUAACAAUAUGCUCUGGUCUUGAUUACACAAAUAUUGUUUAUCAGCAUAUUGUUUUGGAAAAUCCCGAACAGGCCAAACAAUGGCAAGCAGGUUUGAGAGCUAUUACGCACAAUACUAAAGCUAGUAAUGUUUGCCCAACGACUCAAUUAAUGAAACAUUGGAUGAGAUUAUGUUUUACAGUAGACCCAAAAGGAAAAGUACCUGUCAAAGUUAUUGCAAAAACUUUUGCGUCUGGAAAAACUGAAAAACUAGUGUAUCAAUCAUUAUCUGAAAUGGGAUUGCCUAAUGGAAAAAAUGAUAAAAUGGAAAAAGAAGCAUUUACUUUAGAAAAAUUUACAAAACUCUAUCAUAAUCUCUGCCCAAGAAAUGAUAUUGAAGAAUUAUUUCAAUCAAUAACAAAAGGGCGUGCUGAGACAAUAAGUUUAUCACAAUUUGUACAAUUUAUGAAUGAAAAACAACGUGAUCCGACGCUUAACGAAAUUCUUUACCCGCUUUACAGCGAAAAUCGUUGCUCAGAGAUAAUUAAUGACUAUGAAUUAGAUGAAACAAACAAAGCAGCUAAAAAAUUAUCAAAAGAUGGUUUUAUACGUUAUCUAAUGAGCGACGAGAAUGCGCCAGUAUUUUUAGAUAAACUGGAAGAGUGGAUGGACAUGGAUCAACCACUAUCACAUUACUAUAUAAAUUCCAGUCAUAAUACUUAUCUAAGUGGUCGUCAAAUCGGUGGUAAAAGCACUGUUGAAAUGUACAGACAAGUUCUUUUAGCUGGAUGCAGAUGCGUUGAAUUAGAUUGUUGGGAUGGUAAAGGUGAAGAUGAAGAGCCAAUAAUAACUCAUGGUAAAGCCAUGUGCACGGAUAUUCUUUUUAAAGAUGUAAUUGUAGCUCUACGUGAUUGCGCAUUUGUCACCAGUGAAUAUCCUGUGAUAUUAAGUUUUGAAAAUCACUGCUGUCUUAAACAACAAUAUAAAUUAGCUAAAUAUUGUGAUGACAUAUUGGGAGAUUUAUUAUUAAAAGAACCACUUAAAGAUUAUCCAUUAGAACCAGGACAUCCAUUGCCACCACCAAGUGCAUUAAAACGAAAAAUAUUAAUUAAAAAUAAACGUCUGAAACCAGAAGUUGAAAAAGUUGAAUUGGAAUUAUUUUUAUCUGGUAAUUAUGAAGCUAAAGAUGAAACUGUUGAAGAUCCAAAUGCUCCACCUUCAGAAACACCAAAAGAACCAGAACCAGCAGCUCCUGCACCUGGUGGUGACGCACCUCCUGGUGAAGGUGGCGAAGGUGGUGAACAAGUUGCUAUUGCCUAUACUGGAAGUUCUAUGGCUUGUCAUCCGUGGCUUUCGUCAAUGAUUAAUUAUGCCCAGCCAAUUAAAUUUCAAGGCUUUGAUAAAGCUGAACGUAAAUAUAAAAUAUUUUAAUUAAUGAUAAUUAUUGUAGAAAAAAAUAUUCAUCAUAACAUGUCGUCAUUCUCGGAGACAGCGGCGCUAAAUUAUUUGAAAACGUCCGCUGUUGAAUUUGUUAAUUACAACAAACGCCAGAUGAGUAGGAUUUAUCCAAAAGGAACUAGAGCUGACUCAUCAAACUAUAUGCCUCAAGUGUUUUGGAAUGCCGGCUGUCAGAUGGUCGCGUUGAAUUUUCAAACUCCCGAUUUACCCAUGCAAUUGAAUCAAGGAAAGUUUGAAUUUAAUAACACAACGGGUUACUUGUUAAAACCGGAGUUUAUGAGACGAUCUGACAAGAGUUUUGAUCCAUUUGCUGAGGGUGUUGAUGGUGUUAUUGCUAUUUCAUGUUCUGUCCGAGUAAUUGCUGGACAAUUUUUAUCAGAUAAAAAAGUUGGUACAUAUGUUGAAGUUGAUAUGUAUGGUUUACCUGCUGAUACUAUUAAAAAAGAAUUUAGAACACGUAUGGUACCAGCUAAUGGAUUAAAUCCAGUCUACAAUGAAGAGCCAUUUGCAUUUCGUAAAGUUGUAUUACCUGACUUAGCUGUACUGAGAUUUGGUGUUUAUGAUGAAAGUGGAAAAUUAUUAGGCCAAAGAAUAUUACCACUAGAUGGUCUUCAAGCAGGAUAUCGUCAUAUAUCAUUAAAAACAGAAGCUAAUUUUCCUAUGGCACUUCCGAUGUUAUUCUGUUGCAUUGAAAUAUCUAUUUAUGUACCAGAUGGCUUCGGAGAUUUUAUGGCAAUGUUAUCGGAUCCUGGUGCAUUUGGAAAGGCUGCCGAGAAACAGGCGGAAAAUAUGAAAGCUAUGGGUAUUGAACAGACAGACGAAAAGAAACCUAAGAAAGAAGAAGGCCCCAAGUGGGAGGAGUUUAAACCAGAACCAUUGACGAUAGAUUUAUUACGUAGAGAUAAAUCAUACAAAGCUGGUAAGAAACAAAAUAAAGAGUUGGAUACUUUGAGAAAAAAACACAUGAAGGAGAGACAAACGAUGCAAAAAAAUCAUUGCGCGGCUAUAGAUAAAUUAAUUAAAGGCAAAGACAAGAGCGCGGUGAUGGGUGAUGACAAUGUAAAGAAAUUAGUUAAAGAACAGACGGCUCAGUGGUCGGCGAUGAUGGAAAAGCAACGGAAAGAAGAAUGGGAACUACAUAAAGUUCACGUUCAAGCUGGUAAAGAUGAAUUUAAAAGAGUUAUGGAAGCCGUUCAAGCACAGCAAGUUAAACAAUUGCAAAUAAAACAAGACAAAGAUACAAAAGAAUUAAAUGCAAAUCAAGCCAAAGUAUCAGGAGAGACUGCAAAAGAAGUGAUGAAUGACAAAGCCUUAAAAACUAAAGGAGACAAGGAACGUAGGCUUCGUGAAAAAAAGCAAAAUAAUAUUAAAAAAUUUACCGAAGAAAGAAAAACACUUGGAAUAAAACAAGGAAGAGAAUCGGAAAAAUUAAAAAUUAAUCAUGAAAAAGCACUCGCUGAUGUUGAAAAAACAGUUGAAUUGACGCUGGAACGUUAUAAAUUAGAUGCUAUGGAGUAUGACAUUUCAUCAAAGACAGAGUUCUACGUAUAAUUAAACAUGAUUAAAAGUAAUAGUGUAAGUUUAUCUAUGUUAAUAAGUGAUUCAUUCACUUGAAGAUAUACAAAUAUAUAUA